UUGCAGAUGCAAUGGCAAUAAUGCAGUUUCAAGAACAAGAAAAUAUACCUUUGAACUGUUUCAAAAGAAAGCUGGAGGAAAUUGAUGACCGGACAACAUAUACAUCAAGAAAGGAGCCAAACACGGAGGAAGUAAACGUAACGGAUGCUGAAGCUAGCUCUUCGCUACCUGUGCCAAGUUCAACUCACAGUGCUUUCAAAGCCUGUACUGGACGAAGUGACCCAAGCAAGAAACCAGGCAACCCAAUGGACCUGCUCAUGAGUCAAGUCAAAAAUAUUGGACAAAGAUCAGACAUAGAGCAAGUGAAGGACAAGUUGAGGAAGCACCCAAUGUUACCUCUUCUCUCGCAGCUUCUGGAGCGAUGUGGGGAGACCACCACCAGUGCUCAGGAGCUCUCCAAACUUGCUAACGAAGAUGUCAAUCUCUUUUUUCAGCAGAUCUGUUCCUCUACAAAGUCUUGUUUCUCCGGCGACGAUGAAACAGAUACACUGAUUCUGAAGGGUAUCCAAGUUAUGAAGAUGUAUUUAUCAGAGCUGGACCGGGUACAGGAGGUUUCCAAAACCUUCAAGUCUCACUACGUUUCCAGCAUUCAGACUCGGCUGAGUGGGGAAGACCUCCUGAAACGACUCGGAGUCGAAGAGAAUUCCCAGACUUCCCCUCAAUUAAAUCAAGACAUCAAUAUGUUUGAAAGCAUGAUCAACAAUCCCGUCUCAGAGGAGGGCACGACUCACAAAAUAGAGUUACCAGCCCCGCAUCUCCAGAACACCGCCCUUGAUAUGCAGUACAAGUACGAGCAGCUCAGCAAGUAUGCCUGGAAUCCAGCCCCCAAAAAGAGUCCUUCCCGUCGUGGAAUUCUACCCAAGGCAGCGACGGAGCAGAUGAAGGAUUGGCUGUUCAAACAUCUCGGGCACCCUUACCCGUCGGAAGAUGAAAAGAGGAAGAUCGCCCAGCAGACAGGCCUCACCAUCCUCCAAGUCAACAACUGGUUCAUAAACGCGCGGAGGCGUAUCUUGCAGCCGAUGAUGAACGAAGCGGCUGCGCAGAACCGUGGACAUGGAACAAUCCGGAACACGGCGAACAAGAGGAUAAAACUGAACAUACCCAUGAGACGGGAGGAACAUUGCUGGAGCAAAUCUCCCACUUCCCCCUCCACUCCGAUCACGCCAAAACCACUCAGCGCUAUCCACCGACCUUCCCCGACUAUGGCAACUUCCACGUCGUCUCUGCUGAGCCCCCUACUCGCUCAGACCCCACUGUUGAGUCCUCCCAACAACUUCUUGGAAACUUUAUCCAACUACCCCCACUCUGUCGAGGAGCUGCAGAAGCAACAAGCGUUGGCCGCACUAAACACCCAAGCCCUGACGCUGACUGAAGCGUUCAAGAAGCAGCAGAUGUCCGCCUGGCUCCAGAAGAACCAGUUACAGGAUGUGCUCCAGCCUGCCAUGCUGCUGAACGUCCUACUCAGUGCCCAGUCAGAAAAUCAGGGCCAAAAUGGUUUUCCUAAAACCUCCUCAGUGACCACACCGAUUGGACAGGGUUGCCUGACCAGCCAAUCUCCGCUGUCCUUUUCUGGACUGCCCUCCCUUUCAACUUCCACUUCCAGCAUGGGCCUCGGACAUCUUUCCUCGCUUCUAGGAGGAGGCUCAUUCUCAAGCAGUCUGAACUCCGGGCUGAACAGCAGUCUGAACUCUGGACUGAACUGCAGUCUGAGCAACAGCCUGAACAACAGCCUGAACAACAGUUUGAGUAACAGCAUGAGCAACAACAACUCGCUUCCUUCCCCGCUCCUCCUGCCUCAGCUUCAGAGCAUCAUCAACGAUAAUCCCUCUUCAAAACCGAUAACCCAGUAUAUUCAGGCAAACGGGCAGAUCUACCAAGCUCAAAUAGUUCCUGUUACUGGACCACUCACAAGCGUAGCUAACACUGAGAUAAAACGUGAGAUAUCCAGCUGAAAAGACCCCGCCAGCAAACCCACCACUGAUGAGAACCACACACGUCAACACACAGAGACAAGUUGAAAAAGAGAAGAUCUCCGUCGUGAUCGUCGUGGACAACAACACAACAGCAACUUUAACAACAGCAGAGUUAUCAGAAGUUAGAAACGCCUAGUGUGUGUAUUCAGAGAGAUAUUGAGCUCUGAUCGCAGAGACUCUGGGAAUUGAAUAUAACAACGGGAUUUUAACGUUUUAGUCGUGGGGCUCUCACAACGUUUUAGUUGUGCUCUCACACUGCAUUAUUAGUCCUCUUAUUAACUUAUAGAGUGAUUAUAGAGUGGUAGAUUUAAAGUUACAACCUGUAUAACGUUAGUGUUUUUUUUUCUUUUAUGUUCUUUAUUUCGAUUUUGUGAUGAAAGCUGGAUAGUCGAAUAUGUUUCAAUCGGGUGAUAUUAUUUAAAGCAAGCUGGUAAAUUUUUUUCGUAGCGUUAGAAAAACUUGUUUCUCCAAUUCAGCUUUUUCAGAUUUUGCCUGUUAACAAUAUUUUAACUCACAUAUGUACCCACGUUAAGUUGAGAUCAACCUAUAUUAACCUGAUGCAUGUAUAUUAUACGGCUCAUGGCAUGAAUGUUGAACAAUUGUUAAUAUGUGAGUCCAGGCAAUGGAGACUGUUCUUGAAUUUCUGUAGAAAAAAGGGUGAGCUGGUACGUAGAAAAGACACAAUUAAAAUCCAAUAACUAUAGCGAAUAGCGAUAGAUUUGUGAAAAUAUCUUAGUUGUUUUGUGUAUAUUUUCAAAAUUUACUCUUUCUCUUAGAUUUGAAAUAUUGAAUUAACAUAAACUAAUUAUGAAGAUCGGUUUUGAGUUGUUUGGUUUUCCCCUAAAUGUAAUUUUAAUCGUUAUAGCUAAUAUGCAUUUAGAAUUUUAGAAUUAUUCUUUUUAA